GGGCGUGGCGGAGUGGUGGUGGCAGUGGCUGUGGUGGUGGUGGUCAGCCUGGCCCCCGUGCCCUUAGCUUCACUGCCUCUCCUCUGGCUCUCUGUGGCUCUGUGAUCUCUCCCCCCCGGCAUUAGUGUGCCCCUGCAGCCCCCGCCAUGUAUGCCUUGCAGAACAAUGUGGAGCCGAUGGUCAUUGACAUGGCUGUGGAGGAGAAUGACAACACAGAGGAGGAGCCGGUGAUAGUGGAGAGCACAUCACUGGACUUGGAGACCUAUGCCAACUGUUACACGGGUCUUGCCAAGCUCCAGCGACUCAUCUUCAUCGCCGAUCGGUGUCCACAGCUACGAGUCGAGGCGCUGCGCAUGGCCAUCUUCUAUGUGCAGACAACCUACAAUGUCAACCUUUACACACAGCUGCACAGAAAGCUGCAGGAAGCAGUCAGUGGGGCCAUUGCUGGCAACCCCAGCCUGCCAGACAUUGCUGGGGGAGGUGGUGUGGCGGCCAACUUCCCCGCCUUGGACAUGCAGUGGGUGGAGUCUCGUGCCAAAAAAGCCGCACUAAAAUUGGAAAAGCUUGACACUGAUCUAAAAAAUUCUAAGGUGAACAGUAUCAAGGAAUCCAUUCGGCGAGGCCACGAUGACCUUGGUGAUCACUACUUGGACUGUGGGGACCUCUCAAAUGCUCUCAAGUGUUACUCUCGUGCCAGAGAUUAUUGCACCUCCUUUAAACAUAUUAUCAAUAUGUGUCUUAAUGUUAUAAAGGUCUCAAUCUACCUAAACAACUGGUCCCACGUCCUGAGUUACGUAAGCAAGGCGCAAGCAACCCCUGAAGUAGCAGAAACCAGGCCGAGCAAUAACAAAGACCAGUCAGCCAUAAUCCAGACCAAGUUAACCUGUGCCUCAGGAUUAGCACAACUAGCAACAAGAAAGUAUAAGCCUGCAGCUAAGAGUUUUCUUGCGGCGCAACUUGAUGCCUGUGAUUUCCCAGACCUUUUGUCCACCUCCAACGUUGCCAUGUAUGGAGGACUCUGCGCACUAGCCACAUUCUCACGCCAGGAGCUACAGAAACUUGUAAUCUCUAGCAGUUCCUUCAAACUGUUCUUGGAAGUGGAACCUCAGUUACGAGACAUAAUUUUUAAGUUCUACGAGUCGAAGUAUGCCUCCUGCUUGAAGCUAUUAGAUGAAUUAAAGGAUGUUCUGAUGCUAGACAUGUACUUGGCACCACACCUCAACACACUCUACACUCGCAUUAGAAACCGUGCUCUUAUUCAGUACUUCAGCCCAUACAUGAGUGCUGAUUUAGAGAAGAUGGCAGCUGCUUUCAACACUACUAUAUCUGCUCUAGAAGAUGAAUUAAUGGCCUUAAUUCUAGAUGGACAAAUUCAGGCUCGGAUAGACUCCCAUAAUAAGAUCCUGUAUGCCAAGGCUGUGGAGGAGAGAAGCAUGACCUUUGAGCGGUCGUUGGAGAUGGGCCGGGAACACAUCAUGAGGGUGAAGGGUCUCAUACUCCGCUCAGCACUCAUAAAGAACCAAAUCCAUGUCAAGAGUCCUCCCAGGGAAGGGGGUGGGGGGGGAGGGCAAGGUGGUGGGGAUGUCACCAUGGCAGCUAGUAACAGUUCUGCUGCCACUCCAAGAAACUAGUUGCAAGUGACCAGUGCCCAGGCUGUGUUGAGACUAGACCUGUGCAGAGUUCUGGCUCUGUUGGUCCACAGGCAGACUUGCCACCAGACAAGACUUAAACAGUUAAUAUUGCUCACUUGAGUUAUACAGAUACAUUGCUGCUUGUCAUUUACUUCCUGUGUAAUUUGACAAAGCAUAUGUGUACAGGAGAGCUUUCACUUGUGAACACUAUGCAGGGGUUCUAUGACACUCUUGCCAUGAUAUCGAUCACGACAGUAGAUCACAUCAAAGUGUGCAUAGCUUACUUCCACGCUGCUGGUGAUUGCUGAUGAACACCAGCAAGUGAACCUCAGGAGGUCUGUGAACUAUGUAUCUCUAUUUACUUGGUGUUUAUCAUACCAUGUAUAGCAAUGAUUUUUUCUUUUCUCCCAAACCCAGGAACAAGCAGAAGAGUAUUUCAGUUGGGGUGUUUGAUGAUGCUGGGAUGUAACUUGAAUGAAAAGAGGCAUGAGGGAGUUCAAAUUGUGUAUGAAAUGAACCUGGAUGGUUUUCUGUUAGACCAAGCUGAACAACAUGGAGGAUGUUCUUAGUAAGUGUAAAAAAGGUAAAUUUGUGAUUGGCUGAAGAAAUGCUUUACUCUUCCAUCUGCAGAAUCAUUGACAGGAGCAGUUGUUAACUGACUGUCUUAUUUCUCUGAUGAGGUUGGCCACAGCAGAAGAGCCUCUGUGUGUCUGUCCAAGUGCUCCCUUCUUGCAUGCUCAAACUUGUGGCCUCUACUUGCUCGCCUUUCAUAGAUAACCUUUAUUUUCUUUCAACCUUUAUUUGAUUUCUUUACCCUCCUAGUGGUCUUUGUUUCUAUUAGUAUAUUCACUUUCAUUUACAAACACUUACAAGUUCUUUUCUCUAUCCUUUCAGUAUGACCAUAUCUCAAUGCUAUUGUUUGUUCCUCAUUGCUUAUAUCUUAUAAUCAACAUUAAACUCUGUGUUGCUUAUCCAUAGUUUUUCCUCACACUGACAAUUAUAUUUUCUCUUCAGCCACUUAUGAUUUACCACUUUACACUUAACCAAACAUUUCCUCACUGUGCAGUUAAGCCUCCUUUCACUGUUGACUUACAUACAUACAUAUGUACAUUAAAACACCCCAGUGCAAUUUUAUUUCUGAUUGUUUGUUGGUUUGUAAGAAGUUGGAGAUUACUGGGGAAGGGUUCACAACUCUCUUCUGCCCUUGUCCAUUUUGGUCACCUUUAACAAGCCACAGGUAACACUAGCCUUGGUAGUUCUCUUUAUGGCCACUUCUCUCACCUUGGGAGUGACAGUAAAGUGAAUAACAGAGACUAGUUGCACGACAGAGCAGUGGGUGGUGGGUUGCCACGUCCCAGUGCCAGUCGGAAUAGUACUUCACUCAAAUUUGUAAACAUGUGAUUUGCAGGAAAUUCUCAUUCCAUUGAAGUUUUGUGAAAUGAGUGUACAGGUGCUUAGAUUAAACAGUAUACCAAUGGGAGAAGAUAAAUAUUGAGUUCCAUUAUCAAUAGUUAUUAUUAUAUUAACAUUGAAAUUUUGAUAUUGAAGAAAAGUAUUUAAAGUUUAUGGAAAGUACCAAAGAUUUUAUAGAUACAAUACAUUUGCAAAACCAGCCUGCAGAUCAAUGAAAACUUGAAAGCAACAAAGGACAGGUCAUGCAUGACACUAAUAGACAUCAGCUUGUCCUGCUGUCCAAUCUACCAGCGAUGGCAUGAUGUAGCAGUGCAGCCCAGACUGUGAUUGUACCCAAAUGGUCACACUCACCUAAAAAAUGUGGACAAAUCUGCAAAUCUUAUUUAUGAACUGCCAUUGAAGUUUACUCUUCCCCAAACCCCAAAGCAUCUCAUUGUUGUUUUGUAACUUCACAGGGAUUUCCCUUUGCCAGGAUUUGUUAGAGAGGAUGAAGUCAUGACCUGCCUUGCUCUAGGCAUUAUCAUCUUGCUAAAGAAUUUCCAUAGAAUGAAUUAGAGAUGAAAAAUGACAUAAAUGAGUUGAAGCUGGUGUUUUAGCACAGUUGUCAGCACCUUGUCAUUUAAUCUGGCAGGCAAGGAUUGAUGGGAAACUGGGCAAUAGUUUCUUCUUUCCAGCAUGUGUACAUUAUCUUUCCUUGUCACCCUGUUAGGAAGGAAGGGACAUGUUUGAGAAACUUCAUUUACUUCUCUGUUUAUCUUUGAUCCAUGGCUGAGGCAGUGAGUUGGUGUUAAUUAAUCUUGAUGGAGUGCACAAGGAGGUUAUGAAAUGCUCUCUUUGGGAAUCUACUCGUAAUGGAGUUUGACAGUGGGAUGAGUAAUGAAGGCUUUAUCUUGUUGGGAAUGAAAGUUGGGGACUCAUUUAGGGUUCUCUGGCAUAAUUUGAAUUAAUCUGCCACUUAUUCUUUGUUGUCCAACCUUCUUUCACUAUUCCUGUAGAGAAGAAGGCAGGGAAGUCAGAGUAUGUGUGGUGGGUAGAGAGAACUUAUUGAUGCAGCUUACACAAACACAUCACAAGGCCAAGUCACUUCAGGGUUCUGAUGUCAAGGGUCCUGUGUUAUUGAAGUGUUUAUUGCUGAACAUUAUUCCUUGGAUAUGGAUUUCCCAAGUAGUCAAUCUGUGGAAAAUAAUUUUCAUAAAGUAUGAUGACUGAGGAAUUUACCUGGCUUGUGUUCACAUUCUUUUAUCUGAUGCAUCUCUCUUUCCAGCGAUGGCUAUUUGGCAUAAAGAAAUUUGGUAAUUUGAAGAUCCCACUAACUGUAGCCCUGUGAAAUCUUUAGGAGCUGAGCUUCAGGAGUCAUUGCUACUGCAGUAUUGUGCUUUAGAGAGAGAUGAGGACUGUGGGAUUGUGUUUAUAUCAGAUUUGUAGGGCAGUAUGUUUGACAUUCAUUAGUUUAGGUUUUGUGCUUCCAUUUCUGCAUCUUUAGUGUGUGUUGGCUUCAUUCCCAAUGCUCACAUGUGUGUUGCUGGUCUCACUUAUUUAUUUAUUUUUUAUAUAUUUAUUAUUUUUUUUUUUAGCAAACUCCCAAAGGUUUUUCAUAAUUAUUAUAUGACUUGCAGCUGUUCUGCAGUUCCUUGUGGUUAGUUCUGAUGAUACACAUUCCAAUUUCUCUCUCUCUCUCUCUCUCUCUCUCUCUCUCUCUCUCUCUCUCUCUCUCUCUCUCUCUCUCUCUCUCUCUCUCUCUCUCUCUCUCUCUCUCUCUCUCUCUCUCUCUCUCUCUCUCUCUCUCUCUCUCUCUCUGUUAUACUAUUUCCUUGUUAAUAGUUCUGUACUUAAUGUCAGUUUCUCUCAUUAAUUCUAUUAGUGACUUGCUUCAAACUUUACUUCCUCUGCCACUUGCAACCCAAUGUGAUUUUGGCAGGACUCCUUGGCCUCACCUUUCACCAUUAUCUCUUCAGUGGCUUGUCUCCUGCUGCAUUCUUAUUUGCCUUUUUGUGGUCAUGAUGUGGAGGAGUUGUUUUACUGCCUCAGAUUUGCUUGACAUAUAUUCCUCCAUGUUGUUUAUUCCUGGUGACAAGUUUUAUUUUUGCUGGAUCACUGGUUGUUUGAUUUAUUCUUUAUGCCACUCAAAAGCUACACCACUGCCUCUGUCCUGUUCCCUGUUUGAGCUUCCUGAUGGUGGUGAUGAGGUGUUGCUAAAGGACUUGUGAGAAGAUUGUCUUUUUCUUCCAUUAAGUAAUUUUUCAUUUGGUUUUGAAUAAGUUUCCAGUCAAGUCUGUUCCAUACAUUACUUCAUCUGGAACCAAUAUAUCUUAUAACUUCUCUUUUCAUUAAUUUGAGCAACAGCUUUGUUGGUGUAGAGAAGAAUUCUUGACCAUGAAAUCAUGCCUUGCCUUUAGACACCAGUGUUUGCUACAAGGUGGUGGUGUUCUUCCUCAGCUUGGAACAUGGUUCUGCCAACUAGCUUUUGCUUCCCAAGGAUGUCACGUCUACCUUGUCUCUAAACACUGUAAGGUGUCUUUUUCAAGUAAUCUUGGAGCAAAGCCUUCAAUCAAGAUGUAAAGAUUGCCAAGGUUUCAGAAACAUUUGUUCAUUCUUCAUAACAAAUGAGGCGCUGGAGAACAUCACUCAAGUGGUUGAUGGAGGGAGUUUUCUGAAGGUUAGUUCCAUUAUAAUUUUACCCAUGAAGAACACAGCCUCAGUGGAUUCCUGUCCUGCAUCGAAGAACUGAGUAGCUUGUUGUGGCCAGUUACUAGGAUGUAUAGUCUUUUCCUUGAGGAAUACCAUUCAUAACCUAAGACUUCACAUGUGCACUCUUUUCCUGUUGGUGUGCCAGCAACUCAAACUGCAUAAAUGAAAAUCCAAGUGCUCACAUAACUACAUUGCACCUUCCGGACUGAUCAAAAGUUCUCAAAAUCAGUAAUUAUGCAGAUAUUGUUUCCCGAGUACAUUUUGAAGUGAGUUUGGUGUCAGUAGAAAAUACUCUUGCAAAUCACUGAGGUAGGCAUUUUAUACAUAUUUUUAUCAAUUUUUGUGUGUUGUGUUUUGUGAUCAUGUUUGAAAUUUGUUGGUGGCAGUAGAGAAGAGUUGUCGGGUCGGCUUUGUGUCAGUGACAAGAUGUGUGGGUCACAAGUGCUGCUGUCGCAUUGCUGCUAUAUUGUGGAUACCCUUGAAUUCAGCUAGAACAUUUUCCCCAGCUGUAAUCUUUCUAUUUAUUAUAUUUUUUCUCUUGUGCACAGACCAAGCCACUAGUCUACAUAACUACUUUUAAGUUAGCAAUUUGAUCGUUGAAAUAACCGGAGGUAUGCAGGAGAUACAGGGUUGUCAGUUUUUGUUGAUUGUUAUUGUAUUAUAAUGUGCAGCAGUUGUGUAAAUUGAAUAGACUAACAUAUUUGACAAGGUUAAUAUUUGCAGCAUAUAUGAUAAUUCACUGGAUGAUGAAAAGUUAUAUGAAGCAAAACUGCUGUGUGCAUUGCUCCUAAAAUAUUAUCACAACUAUACUGUAUGCAAGUGGCAACCAUAUUUAGCAUAACAUUGUAAUCUCAUAUACUACUUCAAACAAUGAAUUGUUGUUCACUGUAGUCAGGUUGGAAUAUAUCUUUAAAUUCACUUCAUAUCUGGAGUUGAAAAUUUAAAGGGAGAAAUACACAGUAUAAUCUUGAGGCUCCAGAACCAGCACUGCUUGAGGCUUGCCACCACUGUAUGUUGAGAAGAUCAGUACCUCCUCUCCGUGUGAUUGUAAAUUACCCUAGGAGUUCACUCUUCACUUUUAACCUUGAGCAGAUUAAUGUGCUCACCAGUUGUCAGCAAAUAAAGUGCUUCUUUUCAUAGUAAGGAUUGAGCAGACCUUGCUGUGGAUUCUGAUGAUGUUUGGAGUGGCUGGGAGUAAUGGUGAUUUUCUAUUGAGAAUAGUAAAAUAACACAUCCAA